AUGAAUGUAUUCAGCUUCAAACGCGCAGGUGCCCACCAACCACUCGACGGCGAACGACCUGCCAAACGCAUCUCGACACCGGCUGGCCAACGCCUUUCCAUCGUUCUCGAGAAUAGCCACAGCAAAUGCUUCCAACCCGAUUCCUCGGCCAAGAUCAACGUCAACACGACCACAACCUACUGCAACGACCCCACUCACCAGCACGUCGAUGCAGCUCUACACGUGCAUCCGACUCCACGCAAGGCUCGUUUGACCUCGUUCUUCGCGGGCGGGCGGCUGGGCAUACCGAGUACCGACGACCGAAGCCGCAAUGGUUCUGGUAGUAAUCUUAGCGUUAGCGUAUGGAGCGACAAGGAUGGGGACAAGUUUGGGCAGGUGAGGGACCGGAAACACGGGGGAACCAGGAGAGGCUAUGGACGGAAGAGGAUUAUCAUCGUUGCAGCGAUAGUAAUCGCCCUUAUUGUUGCGCUGGCAGUCGGUCUGGCACUGGGGCUGAAAAAGAAGUCAUCCGACAGUACAUCGUCUACGUCACCCGGCUCCUCCGAAACGUCUCCCACGCCUACCAGUGGAGACUCUCAACCUGUAUCCACAGACACUAGUACCACUACUGAUUCUCCACCCACAUCAACCUCCACUCUGUCACCGUCCACGGCUCCUGAAAACUUCCCUGUCGGCAAAUACUCUUUCAUAACCUACCUCGACACCGUCAACAAGAACUGCACAUCUGACCCCAACACCUGGACAUGCAACCCCAUCACCGACUACUACUCUGACCCACAGAAAGCCCUCGCCAUUAUGAACUGGGAAAUCACUGGCUCGGCAGGCGCAUACAAACUCACAUCCCGAGACGAUGGCGAAGUUCUUAGUAUGACUUUCCAAAAUCAGGAACUGGAGUUGUUAGACGAAGGGAAAGAUACAGAACGCUACAAGUUCCAGAUGAGUCGGACCAAGUCGGUGAACAUGACAGGGACUUUGGGCGACACGAAAGGCGAUUUUGAGUGUGAUUAUGGCACCACAACAUUGCAGGGUCAUCUGUAUACGAAAUUGCAAAGAGACUACCCUGAUGAUACAAUCAGCGUGGAUGAUACUGGGUAUUCUGCGUGGCCGUAUGCUGCACGUAUCGAGCAAGUCGCAGCCGGUGGUCAAAAUAUUCCAUCUUGCAAGACCACCUCAGGCGAGGAAGUUACUGAUGGCGUGACGUCGCAAGACGCAGGGAGCCUGUGUUCUUGCUUGUAUAAGAAUUGGACACCAACAGUCAAAUCGUGA